ACCAGUUCCCCAGAUAUCCCUCCAGGUAAUAUGAUUGACCUCAUUAUCACCACUGAAGAAAUGAUUCCAUUUAGACAGCCAAGUAACUGCACCGAUCUGAAUUGCAACAAGACUCAACAGAACUCAUACAGCCUCUCAGAGAAGUCUGUUAACUUCCUCAAAGGCCUGCUGGUCACACGCAUCAUGCCCUCGUUCUACAUCAUCUUCCUCUUCAUUAGUUUGCCCCUGAACGCUUUGGCCUUCGUCACGUUCACCUGUAAGAUUCGAGAGAAGAAACCAGCUGUGAUCUACAUGACUCACCUGGCGUGUGUGGAUCUGCUCUUCAGCCUGCUGCUGCCUCUGAAGAUCCACUACCAGAUGAAUGCUUCAGAUUGGGUGUUCGGUGAGGCGGCGUGUCGCUUGAUCACUGCAGCGUACUACUGCUACAUGUACUGCUCCAUACUGCUGAUGAUGUGCACGAGCUUGGACAGGCUGAUGGCCGUGGCGUUUCCCAUUGCUUCUAUAUCCUGGAGGAGCGCAAGGAAAGCCACAUACAUAUGUGUGCUGGUCUGGCUGCUGGCGCUCGCUGGUACUGUGCCGCUUCUCACCAUGACACAAACAUUCAAGAUAAAGGAUGUGGGGGUCACCUGCCACGAUGUGCUGUAUCAAAAAGAGAUGUAUGUGUACCUGUUCUCCAUCCUCUCCUCUUUCUACUUCUUCUUGCCGCUAGUCGUCACCUUAGUGAGUUACUCUACCAUCAUAUAUGUGCUCACUAACAAGCCUGAUCACUUGGCAACAUCAUCUUCAGGAAAGGAAAGGAGAGCUGUGAUUAUGGCUAUAGCUGUGCUGAGUGUGUUUGUGAUGUGCUUUGCACCAACCAAUAUCAUCUUGUUUUAUCACUGUGUUAGUUUAACCACCGGAGGCAGCGAGGAGGGGCAAUAUUACCUGAUUGCUAUGUGUUUGGGGAGUGCAAGUGUUUUUCUAGAUCCUCUUCUCUACUACUAUGGCUCAUCUCAAUGCAGAGAGAAGAUCGGCUCUCUGAUCUGGUGGAGGAAGACUAAAAGGCCAACCACACUAUCAAACACAUAAAGUCAAACAAAAUCCUCUAACUUGAGCUGCGAGUGCACUCAAGCUCACAUUCACGAUUAGCAUCUAAAUUUAACAUCUGUGAACAAGCAGUACAAAAGUGCACACACACAUUUAUUUAUCUUCUGCAGGUUUAAUGGUCCUUUACCCACUUGUAAACUCUUGUAUGCUUUACUAAAGAUUCAUUUAUAAAUGCAUAGUCUGUAUUGCUUAGAUAAUUGCUGUUUUACAUGUUCAAUCAACUGCAUUUAAUUCACAGUUUUAAAUGACUGGAAUGAUAUGUCUGUUUUUAAUGUUAGUCUUUGCACAUGUAUAAACAUUUAUAACAUAUAUCAAGUAUACAACUAUAUUGCAUCUUUAAAGCUUGAAAACAUUCUAUUUUUAACACAAAAAAUUAAAUGCAUUUAGCUUGUAUCUCAAAAAUGAAGGUGUCUGUUAAAUAUAUAUAGUCUUGAUUUUUGUUGCAAUAUGCAUUUCAGCAUGUAGCAAUGCUGAUAAUUGUAACUUUCCUAUUUAUAAUCUACUGUACUUUAUAAAUAAAAAAUUAAAAUAAAUAAAAACAUGAAUUCCAUAAAUGUCAUUUUUAAGAACAGAGUCA